AUGUAUAUUCAGUGCGUAGUGUGCGGUAAUUGUAAUACGAAUACCAAGCUCACUCGUCCUGAAGUUAUUUAUCAUCAAUUUCCUAAUAAUCAAUAUUCAAGAAAAAAAUGGCUUAAAGUUUGUAGACUUGAUCACUUGUACAAGUUUCAACGAGUAUGCAGUGAUCAUUUUUUAAAAGAACAGUAUAGUAGACAAGGAAACAAGCGAUUAUUAUUUAAAAGUGCUAUUCCCCAACCUUAUGUUCGAAGUGGCAAUGGAAAUGGUUUUCUUUAUAAUUCCACUACUCAAAGCAAUGGUAUGCAAGUUGACGAUAAUACAUUUUUACCAAUCGAACAAAAUCGUUUAAGAGAGGAACAGUAUGUUGAAAAUGAUGUAAAUAAUUUGGCACCCCCAAAACCCUCAAGUAAACAAAUUGAAAGACAAAUUCCCGCUGAUCAAUUCAUUGCUAAUGACAAUAUUCAAACAGUCGUUAAAAGUGUUGUAGAACCAGUUAUAACUACUACUCAGGAUUUGGAACCUGAUUGUCCUAUACCGGGAAGAAAAACAAAUACUGAUGGAGAUAUUGAAGAAAAUGGAUUUAUUUUUGAAAUUUCAAAAACGGUUGAAUUACCUAGUCCAUUCUGGAAGAGUGACCACGUUAAAGAAAGAAAUGAAACAAUUUUUUAUCAGAUAGACCAUAUUGAAAAAUUAAUAGUAAAAAAAGUUUGUUUUUAUGAUAGCUUGGUGCCAAUUAUAUUUAUAUACGAUAUGUACUACAAAUUUAAUGUGCCUAUUUUAGCAAAGACACAGUUACAAAUGCUUUUAGAAAUAAUUAACAACAUAGAAAAAUGUUCCGGUAUGGAUAAAAAAUGUAUAGAAUAUUUUGAAAAAUGUUAUUUAGAACUUAAAAAUUUAAAGGAAACAAGUAAUAAAAUGCCUACAAAAAAAGAAAUAAUGGCAUUCACCUCCAAAACCUUCCCAUACACUUGCGAAAACUUCUAG